AUGAAAUACAAAGCUGGCCAGUGGCUGUUUCUUAAUUGCCCUGAAGUCAGCCCCUACCAGUGGCACCCCUUCACGAUCACAUCUUGUCCCUUUGACCUAUAUAUCAGCGUCCACGUGCGGCAAGUCGGAGACUUCACCCAGGCGCUAGGUAAUGCCGUCGGCGCAGGACCCCAACAAGCCAAGAUGUAUGAAGAACUUGAUCCGAACGGCAUAUACGAAGUCGCUAUCGAACAAGACCAGAAGUUGCCGUGCCUUCGAAUCGACGGACUAUACGGAGCGCCAGCGGAGGAUAUCACUAAGCAUCAAGUUGCUGUAAUCAUCGGGGCAGGUAUCGGCGUUACUCCAUGGGCGGCGAACUUGGAGCAGAUUUGGAACAUGCGUCGAACAAAAAGUGACUGUCGUCUACGGCGACUGGAAUUUGUCUGGUUGUGUCGGGAUAUUUCCUCGUCGGAGUGGUUUCGUCAGCUCCUUUUGUCACUUGAGGCGCAGGACAUCGGCGGCUCAUUCCUUAACAUCCACAUCUAUCUCACCCAGCAAAUGGACAGUGACGCUGCGGCCAACAUUAUGCUCAACACUGCGGGGAGGGGAGAAGAUGCUAUCACGAAACUAAGGAGUGGAACUCAAUUCGGUCGUCCGGACUUCGGAAAGAUUUUUGUCUCGAUGCGAGAGCAGAUCUCGAACGGCACCUAUGCUCCAGGGCUUGAGGUUGAGACGAGAACUACGGUUGGGGUAUACUUUUGCGGGCCGGGCGGGCUUGCUAGGAGUAUCCGGACGACGUGCAAAGAAGCGUCUGAUGCAUUCGUACUGUACAAAUUUUGGAAGGAGCACUUUUAG